AUGGAAGGCAAUAUCGAGACUCUGGCCGAAGAAUGGGCUCAGAACGCAAACGAAGCUCUUCAACUGGCUCUUGUGGAUGGAAACGACGUAGAACUUAAUUUUUCACCUGCUUUCACCUACCCAAUCUAUGGAGAUUCCGAAGUCAUCUACGGCUAUCGCGACUUGGCCAUCUCACUCAAAUUUGAUGCGCUUUCACUGUUACCAUACCUCUCCACCUCAUGGACAGAAAAAAUCCCCUUAGACAGCAUUCCGGACCCCAAAACAGUUUUGCUGGACUUUCUUCCUGAAUCCACCGUCCAGGAUUUAACUCUUUGGAAUAAACUGCGGAAAAGUACACCAGAAUUUGAAAUCCCAGGCGAAAAAGUGGGGUCUUUCAAAGACAAGGAUGGUGCAGAGUAUACAGUUUACAAGUCGACGUUUGCCAAUAUAGCAGCAAAGGAACUUCACGAGCGCAUCCAGAUUUUUAUUCUUCUUUUCAUCGAGGCAGGCUCCUAUAUUGACGCCACAGACGAUCGUUGGGUGCUGUACACGCUUUAUCAAACCUCUUCUCCACACGAAGAAAAUUUUCGACCAAUCUUUGCUGGGUUUUCCACUGUAUAUAAUUACUUUUGGUACGUCGAUGCUGAAUCCUACGACAAGCCAAAUGGAACAGACCCCUAUGAACCUUAUGUGCGUAAGCGCAUUUCACAGUUUGUCAUCUUGCCUUUAUUCCAGGGCAAGCGCGUUGGUGGCAAUUUUUACUCUACUCUUUUCAGCACUUUCUAUGCGGACCCUCUUAUUAAAGAAAUCUCUGUUGAAGAUCCUAGCGAAGCUUUCGACGAUCUUCGUGACCGUAACGAUCUUACGCGACUUGUUGAGUCCGGAACAGCCGCCAUUAUCUACACAACAUUUUCUGCCACAAAAGUACUCCCAGAGGUCAUCAGCGAUACUGGGAAAAAUUCAUUUACUCUCGAGUGGGUAAAGGAUAAACGCUGCGAAAAUAAAAUGUCAGUUCGUCAAUUUGACCGGUGUAUUGAAAUGAUUCUGCUUUACUACCUGGAAAAUAAACAAGAUGUGUCACAGGAAACCAUUCGACUUUACAGACUACUUGUCAAGCGUCGCUUAUACCUGCGGAAUCGUGACGCCCUGGACGACAUGUCCCCCCAGGACAGAAAAAGCAAGCUUCAGGAAACAUUUGAAGCUCUCAAGGACGAUUAUCGUAGAUUAACUAGCAAAAUCGUGUUCCCCAUUGCAAAGCGCAAGCCUACAGAUCUAAAGGGUAAGGGAAUUAAAAAACAACGUGUUUAG